GCUUAGAAACGUGUGUAUCAGCUUUGUACCAGACUCCUGAGCUUGUGGGUAAUUUUGGAUACCAAAGCGCACCAAUCCUUACUCCCGGCUCCAAAAGCCCACUGGGAGAAGCCCUGUAAUAAGGGAGACGGACGGAGUCCAUAAAAGGACGGCGCGAUUUUUCAGAGGGGCGUGAGGGAGCUAAGGAAAGCCUCGCAAGGCCGCCGCUAAUAACCUCCCAGCAGCGGCCUCGCAGGCGGCCGCACGGCGGCAGCAGGAGCUCAGGGCAGCGCAGGCGGCCGCGGCUCCGCCCCCCGGACUCCGGUCGCUAGGCUCGUGACCUCCCCUUCCCCCAAUCAGGGCCGCGCAGCGCCAGGGGCGGAUCCCACCGGGAACCUAUUGGUUGGAAGGAGCGGUAAAGCGCUCAGCUGCUCCCCGCCCCCCAUUAAAAAAAUAGGAAAAAGAAGAAAGAAAGGAAAAAAAAAAAAGGAAACGAGCUUGGGUGGGCGGCUACGGUGGCGGCGGCGCGGCGGGGCGCGGGCCGCGUCCGCCACCAUGGCGGGCCUGCGGAGGAAGCUGGAAUUCUUCUACGAUUUGCUGUCCCCUUAUUGUUGGCUAAGCUUCGAGGUCCUGUGUAGAUAUCGGAACAUCUGGAACAUAAACCUGCAGCUGCGCCCGACUUUCCUAGCAGGGAUAAUGAAGGACACUGGUAUGGAGGAGUCGGUGAAGGACGCUGGGAACCUAUGGCCUUUACUUGUACCUCAAAAAAAUAAAUACCUGAGUCAGGAACUCCAGUACAUGGCGAAGUUUUACCAAGUUCCCCUUGUGAUUCCCAAGGAUCUUCGAGGAGUGAUCAUAGAUAAAGGGAGCCUGGAUGCCAUGCGAUUCCUCUGUUCUGUCGAAAUGGAGAACCCUGAGAUGUUGGAAAAAGUGUCUAGAGAGCUGUGGAUGCGCAUCUGGUCACAGGAUGAAGAUAUCACGGAACCCAAGAGCAUCCUGAUUGCUGCAGAGAAAGCAGGAUUUUCUGAAGAACAAGCUGAGUUUCUUCUGAAAAAGUGUUCAACUGAAGAGGUGAAGAAGAAGCUAAGGGAAACUACAACUGCAGCCUGUAGACAUGGGGCCUUUGGGUUACCCACCAUAGUGUUCAACGUGAAUAAAAAAUCCCACAUGUUUUUUGGUUCUGACAAGCUGGAGCUGCUGGCCCACCUAAUAGGUUCUUCUGACUCAGGUCUGAAGAGGCAAGCGUCAUUCUUAUUAAAGGACAGAAGCUGGGAAACACUGGAGGUCAUGUGGGAAUGGAUUCCCAUAUCAGGGAAUGAAUCUGCUGUGGGACAAAGGGACACUUCGCCCCUACGUGCAAAGAGCUGGGCAGUGGGAGUGGAGAAGCCACUCCCAUCUAAGGCCUUUUGGAGCCUGGAGGUGCCGGCAGGAGAAUAUGCUUGGAGGUGGGGCUGAAUGUCAGAGUUCCAGAAGCCAGGAAAAGUAGGGGUGCCCGACUGAGAUUAGAACCCUGGGACUGGGGCAGAGGAAAGGGGUGGGGCUGGGACACUCCUCCCCUAAUACCUUCUGAUUUCAGAGUAGACUGGCCAAAGAUAGGUGACACACACUACAUACCUGAGGCUAGUGACUCAAGAAGAAGAAAGAAGAAGGAAACCUCUAACCUGGGGGAUGGGGGAGGUAACCAUCUCUUUUUCUUGUCCCCUUUCCCUGACGGGGGCUUCCUGCUCGUUGUUGAAUUUGGCUAUCGGGGUAGGGAGGGGGAGGAUUAGAGUACUGCAGUGGGCUAGCGUCCUAACUUUCAAUCAGGAAAGGGUUUGGGGCCCUAGAUUGUGGGUCCGGGGACUCAAGGAUCCUGCCCUCUAGAAAGAUUCUGGAGGAAAAAGACUAAGGCAGAAAUGGAGACAAGAAUAGAGAAAGCGUUUGGGCGUCUCUGUUCCUUAGUUUUUUAAACAUCCCUUGUCAUGUCCCUAUUCUUGUGGCACUUUGUCCUUGUAGGUGGACUUCCCUUCAUGGCUGGCCCUGUGAGGGGCUACCCAAAAAGGGACAGAAUCUGGGGCGUCAGACUGAGGAAGCAGCACAUGUGCUGGGGAGAGGUAGGGGAAAGGUAUUCCCCAGAGUCAGUGGGGUAAAGACUUCAGACCCCUCACCUAGAUUCCAGGGAUACAUGUAUGCCUUGAGGUCUGAAGCAAUAUCUGCCGUGUCCAGAGCCCGGGAAGGCACAAAGGAUUGAGGCUGCGAUGGAAAACUUUACUAGGGGAAAGGAGACUGGGAGUUCCAUCUGGGGAAUGUUGGGCCCUCAUCUGUUUAAUCAGUAGGGUAGAUGAGAUUAACCUAGUGUAGGGUUGAGAAAAGCAUUCUGGGUGUCUUCCUCUCUGAUAUUGUCUAUGUUGUCACUAUUAGUCAUAGACUCCUGUUGUUACCUGUACCCCCUAGAGUGAUUGCUAUAACCCCAAGUACCCUUCCUUAGGCCUUCUUAAUCUUGUUUGUGUCAUGGCUUCUUUUGGCAAGCGGGUGAAGCCUGGGGACCCCUGCUCAGAAUAAUGUUUUUAUGUUGAAGGUAAUAAAUUUCAGUUCAAGGUUAGUGAAAAUAAAUAUAUAUAUAUUUCUUAUUCCAAGUUCAUGAAUCCUCUGAAAUCCUGGUCCUUUGCUAAUAGAAUAUAAAAAUGUAAAAUAUGGUUCACCUAGUAUCUAAUACCAUUUCUCACUCCUUUCUCCUACACUCCCCCAAAUUGUCUCUUGUUCCUGACUCUGACUACUUAGUAUAGACAUAAGAAUUAUGUCUUUAAAAAAAGGCAAUUUAUUCUGCACUAGACUUUAACAGAAGCAAAAUAGCAUAUUAUUACAACUAUUUACACUUAUAAAUUUCUGAGUAAACAUAGCUAUUGCAUCAUAUUAGUUACUCCCUCCCUACACUCUUCUGUUCUCUAAAUGUUCCUUUGCUUCUUU